AACUCCAAAUCAAAUCAAUGGCGGAAUCAUCGUCGUCAAGUAAUAUUAUCACAUCUUUUUCUCUGAGCAUCGUCUUCACGUUGAUGUUCUUCUUGUUCUUACUGGCUAUGGCGGAGGGGUCGGUGGACACGUUCCUCUACGGCGGGUGUUCGCAGACCAAGUAUGCACCGGAAUCUCCCUACCAAUCAAAUCUCAACUCUCUACUAACCUCCCUCGUCAAUUCUGCCACGUACUCAUCCUACAAUAAGUUCACCGUAUUAGGAUCCGCCCCAAACGACGUCGUUUUCGGGGUCUACCAGUGCCGCGGCGACCUGGGGAUGCCCGACUGCGCCGCCUGCGUGGCGGAGGCCGUCAGCCGCCUUCCGCCGCAGUGCCCGGCGGCGUGCGGCGGCGUGGUACAGCUGGAGGGUUGUUUCGUCAAGUACGACAAUGCGUCGUUCGUCGGGGCGGCGGACAAGGCGGUGGCGAUGAAGAAGUGCGGCCCGUCGGAGGGGUACGACGCCGCCGGGAUGGGGCGGCGCGACGCCGUGCUGGCGGGGUUGGCCGGCGCCGGCGGGGGGUAUAGGGUCGGGGGGACGGGGGAUGUUCAGGGGGUGGCGCAGUGCGUCGGAGAUUUGAGUUCCGGUCAGUGCCAGGACUGCGUGGCGGAGGCGAUACGGCGGCUGAAGGCGGAGUGCGGCGGCGCUGUGUUUGGGGAUAUGUUUUUGGGGAAGUGUUAUGCGAGGUACUCUACCAGUGGGGCCCAGGCAUAUGCCAGAUCCAAUCACGGAUUUUCACAUAAUGAGAGUGAGAAGACAUUUGCACUUAUAAUCGGAUUACUUGCUGGAGUUGCUCUACUCAUCAUCUUCCUCACUUUCCUUAGUCGAUUAUUUUCGAAAAAUGGGAAAUAAAUAGCUGUGAGAUGAAGCCAAUGAUAUAUAUAUAUAUAUAUUCCUUUUUUUUUCUUGUAUUAAAUUUAUGGCAAUCAUUUUGCCUUUACAUUAUUGUAUUUGUUGUAGUGGAAUUCAAAUGUAUCUGCUUUUCAUUUUGAAACAAGAAAUAACU